CGCACUGACGCCACGAAGGAUCCAUCACUUUGCGCCACAAGCCAAUCGACCAUGCGCCCGGAAGAGGUGACCGAUGCAGCUGUGCGCGCUAUCAAGGCUCUCGACUCGGUGGCGGUAGCAAAGCUGUUGAAGGCGCACCCUGCAUUGAUCCGCGAAGGCCGCAGCGAGGAAGGGCACACGCUUCUCGAGGUCGCGCUGCACUGGAUCGUCGCGCACGCCACCGUCUCGAACGAAGCCCUCGUCGUCCUCAAGACGCUCUUGCAGCACAACCCGGACGUCAAUACCUCGCUCGACGGACGCUCGCCAUUGCACCUCGCGUGCUUCGUCCAACACCAUGAGAUUGUCAAAGCGCUUUUACGAAAAGGCGCCAACGUCAACGCCCGCUUCAACGGCGAAACCCCGCUGCACAUUGCGUGCAAGCUCGGCGCGAUCGAGAGUGUGCGGCUUCUCACGGAAAAGAACGGCCUCGAACUCGACGCAGCCGACAUGCAUGGCCUCACGCCGCUACACUACGCAGUCGCGACAUGCAACAAGGAGAUCAUCCACACGCUUCUCACGUGCCGUGCCACCGUCGACGCCGCCGACGUGACCGGGUUGACGCCGCUCGCCGCAGUCAUCUAUGCGCUGCGCGCCGACCUCGUCCAGGUGCUCGUCGAACACGGCGCCGAUGUCUUCCAACCCUGCGGUGGCCUCUCGCCCACUGAUUUUGCCCAGCACGUGUACACGGAGCGAGCCAAGGACGUCGCCAACAGUGCCCUCGAGACAGAAUGCAACCAAAUUCGCUCGACUCUUGAGAUUGCACCUCGCAUGCGUGCGCUCCAGUCGGUCGCACGUCGCGACGCCAACCCUACCCUCGGUUCCGGUCGCUUCGGCACGUGCCAACGUGUGUCAUACAAGGAUCGGCCCGCAGUGGUCAAGACGCUCUUCACCACGUCGCCCAACUUGGUCGACGAGUUUCGCUCGCUCGCGAGCUGCAAGUCCGAGCACAUUGUCAAGAUGUACCAUUGGGAGAUCUUGCCGUCGAGCGGCCAGUGGCAGCUCUAUCUCGAGGACAUGGACGACGGCACCCUCCGCAGCCACUUGCACAAGCUGGUGCUAGCACCGGAUGCGACAAAGCCUGGCAACAUCAACAGUCUCAAGGUUGCUCUUUCCAUCGCGCGAGGGCUCGAGGCCCUCCACACGCCUAAAAGAGCAGGGACGCAACGAGGUUGGUCCAUGGUCCACGGCAACCUCAAGCUCGACAACGUGCACUUCAACACGAGAGGCCAAAUCAAGCUCGCCGACUUUGGGCUUUGCCGCGUCGAGGCGGUGACCAUGACGCACGUCAACCUCUUGACAGAGCACUACGUCGCCCCCGAGGUCUUCCGAGGCCACAAGAUCUCGACGUCCGCCGACAUUUAUGCGUUCGGCGUCAUCCUCGCCGAGAUGAACAUGCGCGCCCCGGCGCCGCGAGGCAGCGACGAGAAGGCGAGACGAGGCAAGUACGUGCCCGAGAUGCGCCCCGACUGCGCCGCGUGGUACCGCGAGCUCGUCCAGUGGUGCGUCGCCGAAGAGCCGAAAGGCCGGCCCAAGAUCGACGACGUCAUCCAAAUUCUAAACAACCCCUCGACCGAGACGAUCAACGCAGUCAAGAAGGCCCGCGACGAGCAAAACAAAAUUUCUACCAGCCUGCAAGCCGAGUCCAAUUUGGAGAUCACUUGCUGA